CUCUCCCUCCCUCACAUGAUCUCUCUGAAGUCGCUCAGUAAUAACAGAGAUGAGAGAUUAGUCUUAUGAGACCCGGUGCAGUCAUGCGGUCAUUCGCUUUGCUCGGCAUCUUUGCCACAUUUACGACCCACAUCUGUGCCCAGAUACAGUGGACACAAGAAAAGCUGUAUCACAAGGCCAGCACUCUGAGUUCUGAUGAUCUGAUAAGUGUUCUGGCUCAAACAGACAUUGACCGUAUGUGGAAGAAUGACCUGAAGCCCAUGCUUGUGGUGCGAUAUCCUGGCUCUCCUGGAAGCCAAGCUGUGCAGCAGCAUAUAAAAUCUACCAUGAGCUCACUGAAGGCAGGCUGGAAUGUGACUGAAGAUCACUUCCAAAAUUGGACGCCUUAUGGCCAGAUGCCUUUCACUAACAUAAUCGCCACUCUCAACCCUGGCUCUAAACGGCGCCUAGUGCUGUCUUGUCAUUAUGACUCCAAAUAUUUCCCUCCUCAGUGGCACGGGCAGGAAUUUCUUGGAGCCACUGACUCAGCUGUGCCCUGCUCCAUGCUGUUGGAGCUGGCCAGGGCACUUGAUAAUGAGCUAAAGACACUUAAGGAUGCAGUGUCUGACCUGACUCUACAGCUGAUCUUUUUUGAUGGAGAGGAGGCGCUGUAUCAGUGGACCUCUACUGACUCUCUGUACGGUUCCCGACAUCUGGCAACCAAAAUGGAAAACACGGCACACCCUGCGGGAGCCGGAGACACCAAUCUGCUAGAUGGAAUUGAUCUUUUUGUUCUAUUGGACUUGAUUGGUGGUUCCAUGCCUCGCUUCGGGAAUCAGUUCUCCAACACUGUUAGGUGGCUCUCCAAGCUCCAGAAUAUUGAGCGGCGCCUGCAUGCAUUGGGCCAGCUGGAGGAUCAUCCUAAUGAAGUGCAGUACUUCUGGCCUGGCAUGCCUGUGGGUCCUGUGCAGGAUGACCAUGUGCCCUUCCUUAACAGAGGGGUCCGUGUCCUUCAUCUUAUCCCCAAUCCAUUUCCUUUUGUAUGGCACACCUUUGAAGACAAUGAGGAGAACUUGGACCGAGCCACGAUCCAGAACCUCAACAAGAUUUUGCAGGUCUUUGUGCUUGAGUACCUCAACAUGAAAAUCCAGAAUCCACUUACAAAGGCACCCUAAUGUUCCUUUAUCUUAUAUAAUCAAUAUAAACCUCAAAGAAGCCACUAUGAAGUCAUAAAUUUGUAUUCUUGACACCAUGGUGUUAGAAUUAGACUUAUCUAGGGCCAAUUGUGUAUUUUUGUGUAUUGGUUUAUAACCAUAUAUUGUACCACAGGACCAAACAUGAUUACUGAGAGUAUUUUAGUAUUGGUUUAUAACCGUAUAUUGUACCACAGGACCAAAUAUGAUUACUGAGAUUAUUUUAGUAUCAGUAUAAUCAGUAUAUUUGUAAUCUUUGACAUUCUGAUUGGUGAAAUGUGAGAUUUCUUUUCCCUCUCUUUGUUAUAAAUAUUACUAUUCUAAUACAAUGUAAAGAAUAUACAGUAUAUUAAGUUGAUAUUUUACUUGUUUUAUCAAUUACAUUAAAUUUUAACAAUGGUUUUCUCAGUCAAAUCAAUGAUAUUACAGUCAAAGUUUGUAUGUGCCUCAAAAUACUUUCAGAGAGCAAAUAGUAAAAUAGUUGCUCAAGGCUGCAUUAUAUAUAUAUUUGUCAUAAUGACUAUUAAACAAUUAGUCCUACA